AUGUCCUGCUGCAACCCGUGCCUGCCAUGCCAGCCCUGCGGCCCAACCCCGCUGGCCAACAGCUGCAAUGAGCCCUGUUUCAGGCAGUGCCAGAGCUCCACCGUCGUCAUUGAGCCCUCCCCCGUGGUGGUGACCCUGCCCGGACCCAUCCUCAGCUCCUUCCCGCAGAACACCGUUGUGGGAUCCUCCCCCCCCGCCGCUGCUGGCAGCAUCCUCAGCUCUCAGGGAGUGCCCAUCUCCUCCGGAGGCUUUGAUCUCUCCUGCAUUACCAGCCGCUACUGUGGCAGGAGAGGGCUGCCCAUCUCAAAACUACUCAGAACAUCUGUAAAAGUUUGUCUUACCUUCACAGCGCCUCUGAAAAACUGGAACAGGGAGGACUCUUAG